UAAAAUAUUGACAAAAUCUCGAGUAGGGGCAUCGUCUGGCUCAAUGUCUGUAAUAGGGUUUAUAUCACAAAAAUGCAAAAAAAAUCCAAAUUCUUUGGUGACGGAGUACCCAAACCCCGUGUUGAAAUGGGUUAGUGAAGAAAACGUAAAUCAAGAUAGUCCGGCUUCGCUGCUGAAGCUGGCCGCAAAAGUCGUUGUGGCCAAUGGUGUAAAAGUGAAACGCGACGAACUUCCUCGCAAUCUCUUAAGGCUAAUUCGUAAUGGUCAUAAAUGCAAUAAUCCUGAGUGUAAUCGCGUGUUCUUCGACGAAAAACCAUCACUAUAUUAUGAGUUUUUGAUUGUGCAAUACUUAUGUUCCCACUGUGAGUUACGUAGAAGAGAAAUUGAGGUAAAAUAUCCUAAAUGUUUUUUGAUGAGAGAUGCCAUAAUUUAUGGACUUUGGUAACAUAUAUUUAAUAAAUUAUUAA